AUGAUGGGCUUUCUGCGCCGGACGUUCAGCCGCCGCUCGCGGAGCCGCUUCCAGACGAGAGAGAGGGACGAGCGGGACGGGAAAGGGGGAGGAGGAGGGGGAGCGGCAGGGGUGACCGGGAACCCCCUGCUCCUGGCCCAUCAGCAGCAGGUCGUACACGUGCCCGCCGUGGUCACCGGGGGAGCGGCGGUCCACAUCCCGGCGGCCGGGACGGCGAGGACCACCAUCAGCUGCCGGGUCCUGCUGCUGGACGGCUCGGAUGUCAACGUGGAUUUGCCUAGCAAAUCCAAAGGCCAGGACCUUUUUGACCAGAUCAUGUAUCACAUAGAUCUGGUUGAGACGGACUACUUUGGACUGCAGUUCAUGGACACAGACCAAGUCUCACACUGGCUGGAUAUGUCCAAGCCCAUAAAGAAGCAGAUCCGAGACGUGUCUCCGUACAGACUCUUCUUCAGGGUGAAAUUUUACUCCUCGGAGCCAAAUAACCUGCGCGAGGAAUUCACAAGAUACCUGUUUGUGCUGCAGCUUCGGCAAGACAUUCUGUCUGGCAAGCUGAAAUGUCCGUAUGACACCUCCGUAGAGCUGGCGGCAUAUUGUUUACAAAGUGAACUGGGAGACUGUGACUCAUUAGGUCACUCUCCAGUGCUGGUGUCAGAGUUUCGUUUCAGCCCUAAACAGAGCGAGCCCAUGGAGGCGGACAUCUUCAGCAGGUGGAUGGACCUCAGGGGGAAGAGCCCUUCUCAAGCAGAGAUUUCUUUCCUCAACAAAUGCAAGUGGCUGGAACUUUACGGAGUAGACAUGCACUUUGUCAAGGGCAGAGAUGGAGGAGAUUAUGCUCUUGGUCUCACUCCGACUGGGAUCUUAGUAUUUGAAGGCUCCAACAAAAUCGGGCUCUUCUUUUGGCCCAAAAUCACUCAGCUGGACUUUAAAAGGAGCCGACUGACGUUGGCUGUGGUGGAGGACGACGAUCAGGGUCGGGAGCAGGAGCACACGUUUGUGUUCCAGCUGGCCAGCGCCAAGACCUGCAAACACCUGUGGAAGUGCGCGGUGGAGAGCCACGCCUUCUUCCGGCUUCGACAACCAGCCACAGGCAAAGCCAACCACAGUGACUUCACACGACUCGGCUCCCGCUUCAGAUUCAGUGGUAAGACGGAGUAUCAGGCCACUCAUGGGGGCAGACUGAGGAGAACAAGCACAUUCGAGAGAAGGCCGAGCAAGCGAUACCCCUCCCGCUCACAGUCACUGGGCAAAGUUGCCAUUUCUCCUGCCAAGCAUCAACAUAUCAGCUCUCAUGCCAGCCCUGAUCCCAGCUUCCAUCCAUACCAGCACAACAUCCCUAUUGGCCACGAGCCGUGGCACCCAGCCCACCCCGCUCUCACGCCCCCGGUUUACCUGCAUCCCUCCGGACACACGCCGUCGCACAGUUUCCCUCUGAGCGGUCCUGCAUCAGAACACCAGUUCAGCGUCGAGGAGAAUGAGACGUCGUACUCUGGCAAGAUCCACCAUCACAGACGCCACACACACAGCCAGGACACACUCUGCCACACACACACCAAGAACAAACGUCGAGCUCCUCCCUCCCCGGCGGAUGAGUUGAACAUCUCUCAGUCUCUGCUCAGAGCCCUGGAGUCAGACAGCGAUUCCCCUCCCUGGCCCUCGCUGCCCUCGCUUCACGUCAACAUCGACAAAAAGGGAGAGGAGAAGCAGCUGUCUGAAAAGUCUCUGCACCCUCCAACCUCCCCGGCGAUGCUCCCUGACCACCUAAAAUGUAACAUCCUCAAAGCCCAGAUGGAGGCCGCCUUCAGGAAGGAAGCUCCGACAACACCCAGAGGAAAGAACUCGAAUGAGACGCUCAGUGACAGGUAUCAGAGCUCAUCCCAAGACUCAGCUGCGUCCAGCCUGACUGCAGACAAGGCGUCUCAUUGGCAGGACCGCAUCCCAACGCCGGACAGACUGCACCCCAACGCCAACCAGUGCACCAACCGCAGGAAACGACUGGUCAGGCAGUUCAGCUUUAACCAUGAGGAUGAAGAUAAUCUCCCAGAAGCCUUUGCAGCCCUCUCCUUGCAGAGUAUGGGAAAGUCAGGCUCCAGCAACUCACUGGACAAACAGAUACAGCCGUCCAUAUACCCACAGGUGGACAAUAUGCCAGCUCUGGAGCUGGGUAGUCCAUGCUGUCGCUCACCUUCACCCUCCCCCCACCUCUCCCCCUCUUGCUACGGUAGCUCCAACCCUCACCUGGUCCCUUACCUCGCCACCCAUAGCGACAGCGGUGAGGAAACCAGGUUGGACAGAGAGAAGAUACUCAGAGCUCUCCUGAUGACUGAGCUCUGAGACCUUGACCCUUGACCUCUUUGACGGACAUUAGACUGGAGGCGUAAGAAAGAAGUCCCAAAGUCGCUGGCUGCAAUCAACAUUUGUAUAUUUGCAUUAUACAUUCAGCAGUUAUAAAUAUAUAUUUGCAUAAAGGCAAUUGUUAUAUUUGCUUAACUGUCAUUUUAGAAGGAUGGUUCUUUACAUUCUUUGGAUUAAAACUAUAAACUAUAGGCUAAGUGAGAGAAUCGAAUGGACACACGCACACGCACACACACACACACACACACACACACGCACACACACACACACACACACUACAGACCCGCUUCAGAUGUGACUGGUACUGCCUGCAUGAUAAAUGUGUUACAGUUUUGGGGUUCUGUUUAGGUUUAUGUGUGAUUUCAUCAUCACCUUGUCCAUGUUGACGUCUAAACUGUGUUUCAGACAGCGACUGUUGAAGCAUCAAGGUCUACACUUUAAACAACAAACAAACCCAAAAGUCAAUUCACUUUCAAAUCAGUUUGUUCACAAUGUAAAUAAACUUUGUAUUUAAUAUGCUGAACAUAACAGAGCGGGCUGUGAGGGCUUGUUUCCUGAAUGCCUUACUCUCAUGUCAACCGUCCACUUUGACAUGGCAAAGCAUUUGCAGCAUUUGAGGUUGAAUAAACUUCCUGAACAGAUUGAAUUGAAAGUGAAUUAUGACUGCGUGUGGAUGAUGUGGACACUUGAUCGUACUGUGAGACUAAGACACCGCACUCUCAGUCUGUCCACUGGAAGGAGACAAAGCCACUGUCACGGCUGACAACAGAGAUCCUGUAGCACAGGCUGUCUCCAGGAGCCGAUCUUGAAUCACUUUGCUUUUGUUUGCAGGCACUACGUGUUUUUAUCUCAUGUCAAACUUGUUUCAGAUGUAUUUUUUUCUUAUAAAUAGCCAUAAACCUGCUGCUCAACAAAUGCACUUCUUUUGUCACGGCCACAUCUGAGGGAGUGUUCCACCUCCUGCUGUACUCAACGUGUUGACUGAGCUGUUCCUGCCCUCGAUUUGAUUUUAAUAAAAGAAACAUCAUGA